ACGGUGUGAGGAGGGGUAAUUAAGAGGAGACAUAAUGAAGAAAUUAAUUAACGGGGAGGAAUAAAUGCUCCCCUCCCCCUCAAGUGGACUCCUCCCCCAUUGUCACACCCCCCGCUGUGGGGGGGUAAUUAACUCUUUCGGGGACCGCAGCGGGGGACGCAUGGCAGGCCUGGGCGGGGGGGGGUCCCCACCGCGGGCCCCCCCGGGCGCCCCCGCGCUGCAGCCGCGCUGGAAGCGGGUGGUGGGCUGGGCUGGGCCCGUGCCCCGGCCCCGGCACGGCCACCGCGCCGUGGCCAUCAAGGAGCUGAUCGUGGUCUUCGGGGGCGGCAACGAGGGCAUCGUGGACGAGCUGCACGUCUACAACACAGCCACCAACCAGUGGUUCAUCCCGGCCGUGCGGGGGGACAUCCCCCCGGGCUGCGCCGCCUACGGCUUCGUGUGUGACGGGACGCGGCUGCUGGUGUUCGGGGGCAUGGUGGAGUACGGCAAGUACAGCAACGACCUCUACGAGCUGCAGGCCUCCAGGUGGGAGUGGAAGCGGCUGAAGGCGAAGACCCCCAAAAAUGGGCCCCCCCCUUGCCCCCGCCUGGGCCACAGCUUCUCCCUGGUGGGCAACAAGUGUUACCUGUUCGGGGGGCUGGCCAACGACAGCGAGGACCCCAAAAACAACAUCCCCCGCUACCUGAACGACCUGUACGUGCUGGAGCUGCGCCCGGGCUCGGGGGUGCUGGCCUGGGACAUCCCCAUCACUUAUGGGGUGCUGCCCCCUCCCCGGGAGUCCCACACGGCCGUGGUGUACACGGAGCGCGACGGGCGGCGCUCGCGCCUUGUCAUCUACGGGGGCAUGAGCGGCUGCAGGCUGGGGGAUUUGUGGACCCUGGAUAUCGAGACUCUGACCUGGAACAAGCCGAGCCUGAGCGGGGUCGCUCCCCUCCCCCGCAGCCUCCACUCGGCCACCACCAUCGGCAACAAGAUGUACGUUUUUGGGGGGUGGGUGCCCCUGGUGAUGGAUGACGUGAAGGUGGCGACGCACGAGAAGGAGUGGAAGUGCACCAACACCCUGGCCUGCCUGAACCUGGACUCGAUGGCCUGGGAGCCGCUGGUGCUGGAGACGCUGGAGGACAACGUGCCGCGGGCGCGCGCCGGGCACUGCGCCGUGGCCAUCGCCACCCGCCUCUACAUCUGGAGCGGCCGCGACGGCUACCGCAAGGCCUGGAACAACCAGGUGUGCUGCAAGGACCUGUGGUACCUGGAGACAGAGCGCCCCCCGGCGCCGGGCCGCGUGCAGCUGGUGCGCGCCAACACGACGUCGCUGGAGGUGAGCUGGGGCGCGGUGCCCACGGCCGACUCGUACCUGCUGCAGCUGCAGAAGUACGAGCUGCCCGCCGCGCCCGCGCCGCCGCCCGUGCCCUCGGUGCCCGCCAACCCGCCCAAGAGCCCCGCGCCCGCCGCGCCCGCGCCGCCGCCCGCGCCCCCCGCCCUGCCCCAGCUGGGGGGCGUGGGGCUCACGCUGCUGCCGCCCGCGCCCCCCAACCCGCCCGGGGUCACCGCUGCGGCCGCUGCUGCUGCCGCGGGCACGGCGGGCACGGGUGGCAGUGGUGGUGGCAGUGGUGGCACCACGGUGGCAGCGGUGGCUGCGGCGGGCGGGUCAGCGGUGGCUGCGGCCCCCGGUGCCACCCUGCAGGUGCUGCCGGCCGCGGGCACGGCGGCCACUGCGGCCAGCGGAGUGACCACGGCGGGGAGGGCGCCCGGUGUCCCGGCGGUGCUGAAGGUGACGGGUCCCCCUGCGGCCGGCGCGGGGCCACCGCUGGUCACCGUGCGCUCGGCCGGGCCUGGCAAGGCCCCGGUGACGGUGACAUCGCUGCCCGCCGGCGUCAGGAUGGUGGUGCCCACCCAGAGCCCCCAGGGCACGGUGAUCGGCAGCAGCCCCCAGAUGAGCGGCAUGGCCGCGUUGGCCGCAGCGGCCGCGGCCACCCAGAAGAUCCCCCCGGCCUCGGCGCCCACCGUGCUCAGCGUCCCCGCGGGGGCCACCAUCGUCAAGACGGUGGCCGUGACCCCCGGGGCCACCACCCUGCCCGCCACCGUCAAGGUGGCCUCGUCACCCGUCAUGGUCAGUAACCCCGCCACGCGCAUGCUGAAGACGGCGGCGGCCCAGGUGGGCACGGCCGGGGCGUCCCCCGCGGCCACCAACGCGGCCACCAGGCCCAUCAUCACCGUGCACAAGUCCGGCACGGUGACGGUGGCGCAGCAGGCCCAGGUGGUCACCACCGUGGUCGGAGGGGUCACCAAGACCAUCACGCUGGUCAAGAGCCCCAUCUCGGUGCCGGGGGGCAGCGCCCUGAUCUCCAACCUGGGCAAGGUGAUGUCGGUGGUGCAGACGAAGCCGGUGCAGAGCUCGGCUGUCACCGGGCAGGCCUCGAGCGGCCCCGUCACCCAGAUCAUCCAGACCAAGGGCCCGCUGCCCGCGGGGACCAUCCUGAAGCUGGUGACGUCGGGGGAGGGGAAGCCCACCACCAUCCUGACCAGCACGCAGGCGGGGCAGGGGGCGGCCAAGCCCCCCACCAUCCUGGGCAUCAGCAGCGUCUCCCCCAGCACCACCAAGCCCGGCACCACCACCAUCAUCAAAACCAUCCCCAUGUCGGCCAUCAUCACCCAGUCGGGGGCUACCGGUGUCACCAGCAGCCCCGGGAUCAAGUCCCCCAUCACCAUCAUCACCACCAAGGUGAUGACCUCGGGCACCGGGACCCCCGCCAAGAUCAUCACGGCGGUCCCCAAGCUGGGCGGGGGGCACGGCCAGCAGGGCGUGACACAGGUGGUGCUGAAGGGGGCCCCGGGACAGCCGGGGACCAUCCUGAGGACGGUGCCCAUGGGGGGGGUCCGGCUGGUCACCCCCGUCACCGUCUCGGCCGUCAAGCCCACGGUGACCACCCUGGUGGUCAAGGGCACCACCGGUGUGACCACGCUGGGGACGGUGACAGGGACGGUGUCCACCAGCCUGGCCGGGGGCGCGGGUGGCCACAGCGCCACGGCCUCGCUGGCCACCCCCAUCACCACCCUGGGGACAAUCGCCACCCUGUCCAGCCAGGUCCUGAACCCCGCGGCCAUCACGGCCACCGCGGCCGGCGGCGGCCUGGGGACACCGACCAUCACCAUGCAGCCGGUGUCCCAGCCCACGCAGGUGACGCUGAUCACCACGCCCAGCGGCGUGGAGGCCCAGCCCGUCCACGACCUCCCCGUGUCCAUCCUGGCGUCCCCCACGGCCGAGGGUCCCCCCGCGGCCGCCUCGGGGGGCGGCGGCCUGGCCGAGCCCCCCGCCGCCGAGCCCACCCCGGGCACCGUCACCCUGGUGUGCUCCAACCCCCCCUGCGAGACCCACGAGACCGGGACCACCAACACGGCCACCACCAGCCUGGUGGCCACCGUGGGCACGGGGGGGGCUCAGCUGCAGCUGCUCUGCGAGGACACGGGCGGGGGGACGGCAGUGACCCCCCGGGCCUGCUCCAACCCCCCCUGCGAGACCCACGAGACGGGGACCACCAACACCCCCACGGCGGCGGGGACGACGGGGACGGCGCGGCUGGGGACGCCCGGGGCGCCACCCUGCCCCACGCAGCAGACGGCGGCCACGGGCACCACCAUGACGGCGCGGCUGUGUCCCCCCGAGGGCGGCGGUGGCAGCGGCGUCACCUCGUGCCAAACAACGCCCUGGGGGCAGCCUGAGGGGGGCACGGCCACCGGGGCGGUCACUGCGGCCACCGGGGCGGUCACUGCGGCCACCACGGCGAGCUGCGAGACCCCCGCGGGGACACGGCUGUGUGCCAACCCCCCCUGCGAGACCCACGAGACGGGGACAACCAACACGGUGACAGUGACAGCGUCACAGCUCUGCUCCAACCCUCCCUGUGAGACCCACGAGACCGGCACAACCAACACGGUGACAACCACGGGGACACGGCUGUGUGCCAACCCCCCCUGCGAGACCCACGAGACCGGGACAACCAACACGGUGACAACCACGGGGACACGGAUCUGCUCCAACCCCCCCUGCGAGACCCAUGAGACGGGGACAACCAACACGGUGACGGUGACAGCACCGAGGCCACCCUGCUCCAACCCCCCCUGUGAGACCCACGAGACCGGGACAACCAACACGGUGACAAUGACAGCACCGAGGCCACCCUGCUCCUGCGAGACCCACGAGACGGGGACAACCAACACGGUGACAACCACGGGGACACGGCUGUGUGCCAACCCCCCAUGUGAGACCCACGAGACGGGGACAACCAACACGGUGACAAUGACAGCGUCACAGCUCUGCUCCAACCCCCCCUGUGAGACCCACGAGACGGGGACAACCAACACGGUGACGGUGACAGGGUCACAGCUCUGCUCCAACCCUCCCUGCGAGACCCACGAGACCGGGACAACCAACACGGUGACAACCACGGGGACACGGUUCUGCUCCAACCCCCCCUGCGAGACCCACGAGACCGGGACAACCAGCACGGCCACCACCACCACGGCCACCUCGCGCCCCCCGCCCGAGUCGGGGACAGCGGUGCCACCACCUCGAGGUGUCCCCCCCUGCGCCAACCCCCCCUGCGAGACCCACGAGACGGGGACGACCAACACGGUGACAAUGACAUCGUCACAGCUCUGCUCCAACCCCCCCUGCGAGACCCACGAGACCGGGACCACCAACACGGCCACCACGGCCACCGCGGGCUCCCGGCCGGGUGACACCACCACGGCCACCAGCGCUGCCACCACCAGCACAGGGGGGUCACCGCCUUGUGCCAACCCCCCCUGCGAGACCCUCGAGACCGGGACCACCAGCACGGCCACCAGAGCGGGGUCCUCGCCCUGCCAGAGCCACCAGAGCGGGGCCACCAGCACGGCCACCACCGAGGGGGUGACGCCGCCCCCGCCCUGUGCCACCGCCACCAGCCCCCCCCGCGCCUGCUCCAACCCCCCCUGCGAGACCCACGAGACGGGGACAACGGCCACGGCCACCACGGUCACCGCCAGCAUGGGCGCCAGCCAAGAGCCCCCCCCGCCGGCUGCCAACGGGCAGGGGGAGGGGGAGACGCCCCCCAGCGAGGGUGGGGGUCCCCCUGUGCCCCCCGGGACCCCCAGCCCCGGCCCCAGCGGCAGCGGGACCCCCCAGCCCCGGGCGGUCACCACGGUCACUCAGUCCACGCCAGCGCCGGGGCCGGCCGUGCCGACCAUCUCGUCGCUGACCGAAUCCCCCCCGGCUCCCCCCGAGACCCCCCCCACCACCACGCCCACCCCCCCUGGAGACCCCCACCCGCCCCAGGACCCCCCCUCGGCCGCGUCCCCGUCCCCCCCCGGGCCCGAGGCCGCCCCCGGGGCCGAGGCCGGGGGGUCCCCGGAGCCGCUGGCCGUGGUGGUGCUGCCGCCGGCCGCGGCCGAGGGGGGCCCGGCCGAGGGGCUGGCGCUGCCCCCCGAGCUGCUGGCCGAGGCGGGGGGCGCGGGGGGUCCCCCCGGGCUGACCCCCGAGGAGCUGGCGGUCACCGCGGCGGCCGAGGCGGCGGCGGCGGCGGCGGCGAGCGAGGAGGCGCAGGCCCAGGCCCUGGCGAUCCAGGCCGUGCUGCAGGCCGCGCAGCAGGCCGUCAUGGGCACAUCGGAGCCGCUGGAGCCCGGCGAGCCCGGGGGGGGCCCCUCGGAGCUGGGGGGGGCCCUGGGGGUGCCGGAGGGGCCGGGGGGCGCGGGGGGGGCGCUGCCCCUGGUGCUGACCCAGCAGGAGCUGGCGGCGCUGCCCCCCGCCCCCGCCGCCCCCCCACCGGCGGCCGCGCCCCCUCCCCAUUUGCCCACCGAGGCCUUGGCCCCCGCCGACAGCCUCAACGACCCCGCGGGCGACGCCAACGGGCUGGGGGAGCUGGGCACCGUGCCCGGGGGGGGCGCCCCCGCCGCCCUGCUGCCCCCCCCCGCCGACGCAGGCCUGGCCCCCUCGAGCGCCUUCGUGGCCCCCCCGGGCCCCGCGGUGGCCCCCAGCCCCGCCAAGCUGCAGGCGGCCGCCGCCCUGGCCGAGGUGGCCAACGGCAUCGAGGGCACCCCCGUGAAGCCGGAGCCAGGGGCGCCGCCCAAGGCGCUGCCCAAGAAGGAGAACCAGUGGUUCGACGUGGGCGUCAUCAAAGGCACCACCAUGAUGGUCACCCACUACUUCCUCCCGCCCGAGGACGCGCCCCCGCCCGACGAGGAGGGCUCGGGGGUCCCGGACCACUCGCAGCUGCGCCGCCAGGAGCUGCAGCCGGGCACGGCGUACAAGUUCCGCGUGGCCGGGCUGAACGCCUGCGGCCGCGGGCCCUUCUCGGAGCUGUCGGCCUUCAAAACCUGCCUGCCCGGCUUCCCCGGGGCGCCCUGCGCCAUCAAGAUCAGCAAGAGCCCCGACGGGGCGCACCUGACGUGGGAGCCGCCGUCGGUGACGUCGGGGCGCAUCGCGGAGUACUCGGUGUACUUGGCCAUCCAGGGGGGGCCCGGGGGGGGCCCCGAGGCGCGGGGCGGGGGGGCCCAGUUGGCCUUUAUGAGGGUCUACUGCGGGCCCAGCCCCUCGUGCCUGGUGCCCGCCUCCAGCCUGGCCAGCGCCCACAUCGACCACACCACCAAGCCGGCCAUCAUCUUCCGCAUCGCCGCCCGCAACGACAAGGGCUACGGCCCCGCCACCCAGGUGCGGUGGCUGCAAGAGUCGAGCAAGGACGGAGCCGCCGGGAAACCGGGCAGCAAACGGCCCCUGGCGUCCCCCGACCUGAAAUCCGCUCCAAAGAAGCCCAAGGCCGAAGGGCAGUGAAGGACCCCCGGGACCCCCCCCCAAAAACAAAAAAAACCAACCCGGGCCCCAACACCCCUGGGGGGUUUUUUGGGGGGGGGGGGGGAAUUUUGGGGUCCCCUCGCCUCGGGGGGAGGGUCGGGGGGGCUUUUUUUUACCUGUUGCAGUUGCUGGAAUGAAAAGUUUUGUACAACGCUGCCCCUCCCCCCUCCCCAAAAUCCCCCCUCGGGACCCCUCCCCCACCCUGUACAGACCCCCCCCUCGGGGGUGGGGGGAGGGGGAGGGGGGGACCCCCUGUGUAUCAUAGUGGGGGGGGGAGGGGGAAAAAAGCCCCCCCCGACCCCCCCCCCCCCUCCCCCCGAGUGUUGUGUCCGUCGUUUUUGUGCUAUUUUGAAAAUUAAAAAAAGACAUUUUUUUGGA